AUGGCCGAUUGUAACUCCCCGGUGUGGGAGACUUGCGUCGCCUUGCCGGCCGAUGCUAUGGAUGUGAGCUAUCGCUUUAUCAUUCGCAACAAGGCCACUAAGAAGCUCGUCUUAGAGGACGUCGUCGAGCGUCGCCUCUGUCUCAACCACGAAGACAAGGUCUUUCUCUCCAAGAAGGCCGGCGUCGCCCCGAUAGUUCUAGCCCCAAGCGAAGCCAGUAUUCGCUUCCCGACCAACUGGAAGGGCGCAGGUGUCGCCCUCCCGGUUUUCUCUAUCCGCUCAGCAACCAGCUGCGGCGUAGGCGAGUUUAACGACCUGCCCAAAGUCGUUGAUCUUUGUGUCGCCGCAGGCUACCAGCUGCUGCAGCUGCUUCCGAUCAAUGAUACCACGUCGAACAACAACUUUCGCGAUAGCUAUCCGUACUCAGCUGUGUCUUCUUUUGCACUGCACCCGCAGUAUUUGAACAUCGAGUCCUUGGGGAACAUGCCAUCGUCCGUCGCCAAGGAGUAUCGGGUUGAGAAGGAUCGCCUCAACGCACUGGACAAGAUCGAUUACAUGAAGGUCAUGGAGGUCAAGACGCGCUUCAUCCGCAUGAUGUACAAGAGAUACAAGGAGGAAUUUCUAGAGUCCAAGGAGUUUUUGACAUGGUUUGAAGACAACCAGGGCUGGCUCGUGCCAUACGCCCUCUUCCGCUUCUUCAUGGAAGUCAACGGCAGCUCUAAUUAUGAUCAAUGGGGUGCCCGGAAGAGCGUCAGUCUGGCCGACAUGGAGAAACUGGCUUCGCCAGAAAGCUUUCACUUCGAGUAUUUGGGCGUGGCAUACUACACCCAGUUCCACCUGCACAAACAGUUGUCUGCCGCUGCCAAAUAUGCUGCAGAACACCAUGUCGUCUUCAAGGGAGACCUCCCCAUCGGAGUAAAUCGGUAUUGCGUAGACACAUGGGUGAAUCCACAUCUAUUCCGACUCAAUAUGCAAGCGGGAGCACCGCCAGACUUUUUUUCCGCUCACGGCCAGAACUGGUUCUUCCCGACUUAUAACUGGGAUGCUAUGAGCAAGGACAACUAUGCAUGGUGGAGGUACCGUCUUGGACACAUGGCCAAAUACUUUCACGCCUACCGGAUUGACCACAUUCUGGGAUUCUUCAGGAUUUGGGAGAUCCCGGCCGGCUUCAAGACAGGUAUGUCUGGGCGCUUCUACCCGGCUCAUGGAAUUAGUCGUCAGGAACUUGAGUCGUUAGGUCUGUGGGACAUUGAUCGGUUUGUCAAACCGUACGUCCACGACGGCAUUCUACAGGAAUUGUUCCACGAGGAUUGGUGGAAAAUUAAGGAUCGCUUCUUCGAGCCGUUGUGGCAUGACCGUCUCAAGUUCAAAGAGGAAUUUGACACUGAGAGAAAAGUUGAACAAGCCCUUGUACUGCCAGAAGAUGCACCCAAGGCUGAGAAACAGUACAACGAGAAUGUCCAAAAUCACCUUUUCGACAUCUUCAACAAUGUCUGUCUACUAGCUGAUGUUGAGGAUCCCAACGCAUUCCACCCGCGGUUUAAGAUGCAAACAACUAAAAGUUAUGCAGAAUUAGACUCAAACGAAUGGAAAGGUGCCCUGUGCAACUUGCACGAAGACUAUUAUCACCGCCGUCAAGAAGAACUUUGGAAGAAGAAUGGUCUCGAACGGCUACCCAUGAUGAAAUCUGCAAGCGAAAUGUUGGUAUGUGGUGAAGAUCUAGGUAUGGUUCCGCAUUGCGUUCCAGCAGUUAUGAAGGAAACGAGCAUUUUGAGCCUGGCCGUGCAGAGAAUGCCGGCCGGAGACGUAGAGUUUGGCAAGCCAUCCGAGUAUCCGUAUGAGUGCGUGGCCACAACGUCUUCGCAUGAUACGAGUACGUUCCGAGGAUGGUGGGAAGAGAUUCCGAGAGAGCUUCGCGCACAGUACUGGACUGAAAUCAUGGGAAGGAGCAGGGACACGCAACCACCUGCCAUUUGCACACCAGAAAUAGUUGAAUGGGCAGUGGCAGAUCACUUGGCUUCCCCUGCAAUGUGGACGAUCUUCCCGUUGCAAGACAUACUCGGAAUGGACCAAAAAUUGCGUGUGAAGGAUGCCGCAUCGGAGCGAAUCAAUGAUCCUUCCAAUCCAGACCACGUUUGGUGCUUCCGCCUCCACCUGAAUAUUGAAGAUAUAACCACGAAUGAAGGGUUUGUGGGGAAGUUAGCUCGUUUGAACAUGCAGCACAAUCGCGGCUCUGCGUACUGAUUUUGUAUAUUUAUUAGACAAGUAAAACCACCUUAUCGGUGACGCUAAA